AUGUUCCGCCAAGAGCAGCCGCUGGCCGAGGGCAGCUUCGCGCCCAUGGGCUCCCUGCAGCCAGACGGGGGCAACGCGAGCUGGAACGGGACCGAGGCGCCCGGGGGCGGUGCCCGGGCCACCCCCUACUCUCUGCAGGUGACGCUGGCCUUGGUGUGUCUGGCCGGCCUGCUCAUGCUCUUCACUGUGUUUGGCAACGUGCUCGUCAUCAUCGCGGUGUUCACCAGCCGCGCGCUCAAGGCGCCCCAGAACCUCUUCCUGGUGUCGCUGGCCUCGGCGGACAUCCUGGUGGCCACGCUGAUCAUGCCCUUCUCGCUGGCCAACGAGCUCAUGGCCUACUGGUACUUCGGGCAGGUGUGGUGCGGCGUGUACCUGGCCCUCGACGUCCUGUUCUGCACCUCGUCCAUCGUGCACCUGUGCGCCAUCAGCCUGGACCGCUACUGGUCAGUCACGCAGGCUGUGGAGUACAACCUGAAGCGCACGCCGCGCCGCAUCAAGGCCAUCAUCUUCACCGUCUGGGUCAUCUCGGCCGUCAUCUCCUGCCCACCACUCAUCUCCAUUGAGAAGAAAGGGGGAGGAGGCGGCCCGCAGCCCGCGGAGCCGCUGUGCGAGAUCAACGACCAGAAGUGGUACGUCAUCUCGUCGUGCAUCGGCUCCUUCUUCACGCCCUGCCUCAUCAUGAUCCUGGUCUACGUGCGCAUCUACCAGAUCGCCAAGCGCCGCACCCGCGUGCCCCCCAGCCGCCGGGGCCCGGACACCUCCGCCCUGCCGCCGGGGGGUACGGAGCGCAGGCCCAACGGCUUGGGCCCCGAGCGCGGAGCGAGCGCCACGGGCGCGGAGAUCGAGCCUCUGCCCGCCCAGCUCAACGGCGCCCCCGGGGAGCCCUCGCCGGCCGGGCCGCGCGACGCCGACGCCUUGGACCUGGAGGAGAGCUCGUCGUCCGAGCACGCCGAGCGGCCCCCGGGGCCCCGCCAGUCCGAGCGCGGGUCCCGGGCCAAGGGCAAGACCCGGGCCAGCCAGGUGAAGCCUGGGGACAGCCUGCCGCAGCGCGCGCCCGGAACUGCGGGGUCGGGGGUCCCCGUGGCCGGGGCCUCGGAGGAGCGCGGCGGGGGCGCCAAGUCUUCGCGCUGGCGCGGGCGGCAGAACCGCGAGAAGCGCUUCACGUUCGUGCUGGCGGUGGUCAUCGGCGUGUUCGUGGUGUGCUGGUUCCCCUUCUUCUUCACCUACACGCUCACGGCCGUCGGCUGCUCCGUGCCGCCCACGCUCUUCAAAUUCUUCUUCUGGUUUGGCUACUGCAAUAGCUCCUUGAACCCCGUCAUCUACACCAUCUUCAAUCACGACUUCCGCCGCGCCUUCAAAAAGAUCCUGUGCCGCGGGGACAGAAAGCGGAUCGUGUGA